AUGGUCUUUUCCUUUCUUUGGCUCAUCGUGUUCUUCAUGUAUCACAAAACUCUUCCCGGACACUCCUGGGCUGUGAACAAUUUCCUCAUGACUGGACCAAAGGCUUAUCUGACGUACGCCAGCAGCGUGCAAGUCGGCGCACAAAGUGGAAUUGAAGAGUGCAAACAUCAGUUUGCUUGGGACAGGUGGAACUGCCCAGAGAGCGCGCUUCAACUGUCAACUCAUAAAGGACUAAGAAGUGCCACGAAAGAAACAUCAUUUGUCCACGCUAUCAGUGCAGCUGGGGUCAUGUACACCCUGACCAGAAAUUGUAGCCUUGGAGAUUUAGACAACUGCGGAUGUGACAACUCGAGGAACGGCAAAAUAGGCGGUCGCGGCUGGCUCUGGGGAGGAUGUAGCGACAACGUGGAUUUUGGGGAAAAGAUUUCCAAACUGUACGUUGAUGCGCUCGAGACAGGACAAGAUUCUAGAGCAGCUGUCAAUCUUCAUAACAACGAGGCUGGCAGACUCGCUGUCAAGGCGACUAUGAAACGGAUCUGUAGGUGUCAUGGCAUGUCCGACAGCUGCACAAUCCAGACAUGCUGGAUGCAACUCUCUGAUUUCCGUGAGAUCGGCAAUUACUUGAAGAUUAAGCACGACCAGGCGCAGAAAUUGGAGUUCGACAAGAGAAUGCGUGCAGGCAACAGUGCAGACAACCGAGGGGCUAUUGCAGACACUUUCAACACUAUUUCCCAGACAGAGCUCAUAUAUCUGGAGGACUCCCCAGAUUACUGCUCUAAGAACGUGACCCUGGGUCUCCAUGGCACUGAGGGUAGAGAGUGCGUGCAGCACGGGGACAGUCUCUCGCAGUGGGAGAAACGGAGCUGCCGCAGGCUGUGCAAUGAGUGUGGUUUACGGGUGGAAGAGAGGCGCACGGAGAUGGUCAGUAGCUGCAACUGCAAAUUUCACUGGUGCUGCAGGGUGAAGUGCGACAAUUGCUCUCAAGUUACAGUGAAAUAUGUUUGUGCUAGAAGACAAGGUAGUAAUGGUCAUCACAGAAGACGGAUUCGGGUGCCAAAAUAA